ACGAAACUGGAGUAGUAUAAAAGGUAGUUGUUUGGGCACUGGAAAUCAGUUCAAGUUUAGUAGUUCGCUCUCGAGCAGUUUGCAAAAAACCAUAAAACCAUCUACAAUGGCAUUCAAGUUUGUUGCUCUCCUUGCCUUCGUCGCUGUUGCCAAUGCAGGACUCUUGCCAGCUGCCCAAGUAUACAGUGCUGCUCCAGUAGUAGCCGCUGCUGCUCCAGUUUUGGCCAAGGCUGUCGAUGAAUACGAUCCACACCCACAAUACAACUUUGCUUAUGAUGUCCAAGAUUCCCUCACCGGAGACUCAAAGAGCCAAGUUGAAGCCCGCGAUGGAGAUGUUGUUCGUGGUCAAUACUCCCUGAUUGAUGCUGAUGGACAUCAACGCAUUGUGGAUUACACCGCUGACCCAGUCAAUGGAUUCAACGCUGUUGUCCAACGCAAUCCAAUCGGUGCUGCCGUAGUUGCUAAGGCUGUAGCUCCAGUUGCCCCAGUUGCCUACACUGCUCCUGUUGUCGCCAAGGCUGUAGCUCCAGUUGCUUAUGCUGCUGCCCCAGUUGCUGCCUACCCUGGACACGCUAUCGUAAAGACCACCUACAGUUCACCAAUUGUAUCCUAUGCCCACUAAAUUGCCCGCGAUGUGAUCCUACUGAUAAGAUAUAGCUUUAUAAUAUACAAAUGAACUCAGAA